AUGGGAAGUACUCAUUCACAUAACUCGCGUUCUGCGAAGAAACACAAAUCUAAAUCCAAAUCCCAUCGUGAGAAAAAAAUUAGAAGGUCAUCUUCUCAUAGGAUAGAAAAUACAUUUAAGGUACUUGAUAAUGAUCAUGAAGAGUUGUAUGAUAGUUAUACAGAUUUAAUUGACCUAUCCGAGGAUAAUGAUGGCGAGGAACACAAUAAAAAUAUGUUCUUGGUACUAGCUAAUAGAAAUAGUGAUAACGCAGCAAAUGGAAAUGAAAAAAAAAUUACGAAUAAUCCAAAAUUGAUAGAUGAAGAGACUGAGUUUAAGGUUUCCGGUAAUUUGGAAGACAAUCACGAUUUUAUUGCAUUCUCUGCAAGCUCUGAAGACGAACAAGCUACUAAAAAUAGUACGCAUUCAAGUGAGAUGUCAGAUGAAUUAGAUCAAACAAGCAUGCUUAAUGAGCAGUCAUCAAAUGAGUAUUACCCUUGGUUACUUAAUCACGAUCACUCAAAACAAAAAGCGGUCACAGACUGGCUAACUCAAGAAAUCAAAGAUUUUACUUCAUACAUUUCACCAAGCCGUGAAGAAAUUAAACUACGUAACCGCAUUAUAGCUGCUAUAAAACAAGCGGUUAGGGAUCUUUGGUCAGAUGCAGACUUACUCGUGUUUGGAUCAUAUGCUACUGAUUUGUAUCUACCAGGUUCUGAUAUCGAUUGUGUGAUUAACAGUGAAAAAGGAGAUAAGGAAAGUAGAUAUAAUCUUUACAUAUUAGCAUCACACUUAAGACAACUUAAUUUAGCGACACAAGUUGAAGUUAUAGCUAAAGCUCGUGUACCCAUCAUUAAAUUUGUUGAACCUAAAUCGCAAAUUCAUAUCGAUGUAUCUUUUGAGAGGACCAAUGGUGUUGAAGCAGCAAAGUUAAUACGAGAGUGGCUCGAUGAUACACCUGGUUUAAGAGAACUAGUUCUUGUUAUAAAACAAUUCUUAGCCACUAGAAGAUUAAACAAUGUGCAUACUGGUGGUCUAGGUGGGUUUUCAAUUAUUUGCCUGGUCUUUUGUUUUUUAAAAAUGCAUCCUAAAAUAAUAACGAAUGCAAUAAAUGAAUUAGAUAACCUGGGUGUUUUGCUAAUUGAGUUUUUCGAAUUAUAUGGUAAAAAUUUUGCUUACGAUGAUGUCGCAAUCAGUGUUACUGAUGGACGUGCUUCAUACUUACCUAAAACAGAUUUCAAACAAUUAAAUCCUUCCAGAACAUCAUUCUCAUUAGCUAUCCAAGAUCCAAAUGAUGCCAUGAACAAUAUUAGCAGAGGAUCAUUUAACAUAGCCGGGAUAAAAAAAGCUUUUUCCAGUUCUUUUGAAUUACUUACAAGAAAAUGUUUUGAUAUGGAUGAUGCUACUUUUAAAGAUAGAGUUGGAGAAAGUAUUUUGGGUAACGUUAUAAAGUAUAAAGGUGAACAGAGAGAUUUUAAAGAUGAAAGAUCAUUAAUUCAAAACCAUGCCAUCAUUGAAAAUGAGCAUUAUCAUGCGAAGCGUAACAGAAUAGUCUGCGACAAUGAUUUCCUAGAUCUAACUAGCGAUAGUGAAGUGGAUAUAAUAAGUGAAGAAGAAAUGUAUAAACUGAAUCAGAAGGUCAAAAAAAAGAAGCUUAUGAAAAGUAAAAAUAAAGAAAAGGGAGUAAACCCAGCAAAGUUAAUUGCAAAGAAAUCGUCAAGUCUCAAAAAUAAAGUUCUCUCUACGGUAACAAAGACGAAAGUCCAUUCUAGGAAAUCAGUUUCAAGUCUGAUGGGAAUAAAUGAUUCAGAGAACGAAAGUGAACCAAUCACUGAAAACACAAAAAAAAUAACUACCAAUGAGAACUCGUCAGAUCAUACAGAUAACAGGGAUAACGAUGAUGAUUUUGACUCCGACGUUAAAAAGCCACAUAAAUCUAAGGAACAUCUAAUAUCUGAGAAAUCAACAAUUAAGAAAACAACCGUUGAUGCCCAAACCAGACGAAAUUUUUGGUUGAGUAAAGGCCAGUCAAUGUCUACUACGGUUAUAGGAAAUUGA